AUGAUGUUCAUCACCUUCCCCGCCGCCAAGGACCCCACCUAUGAGCAGCGGCACCAAGGCCGGUCCUGCAUGACCAUCCUGACCAUGGCACGGUAUGAGUGGUUCGAGGAGUGGGCUGGGACCCGUACCAAGCACCGCGGUGCCCAGUACCAGCAAUACAAGAUGAGCAUCGUGGAGUUCGUGGAGGCAGCGUCCCCGCUCACCAACCAGCACUAUCUGGGGGCUCCCCGUGGGGAGAUGUAUGGGGCUGAGCAUGACGUUGCCCGCUUCAGUCCAGCUGUGGUGGCUGCCAUGAGAGCUGAGACACCAGUGAAGAACCUUUACCUGACGGGGCAGGAUGUGUUCAGCUGCGGGCUGGCAGGGGCCCUGCAUGGGGGGCUCAUCUGCGCCUCCACCAUCCUGGGCCGUCUGCUCUAUGUGGACCUGCUGCUCCUCAAGAAGAGGAUCAAGAGGCGCCAGGGCCGGCAAACGGCGUGA